GAGCCUGCGCAGAUCUCCUCGGUCCUGGGGCGUGCCGUGCCCGUCCCGAGGGCUGGAUGGUUGGGGCGCCUCGAUGGGGGUCGGGCGCGGGGGGUCCCGCCUUCGAAUGGUAGCGGCGCUCUCCGGGGCGUGCUCGCUCCUCCUGUUGAUAGCUUGGUACAGGGUAGGGUCUGAUCUGCAGGUUUUAAACCCAGUGACUGUCUAUUCCUUCUGGAGGACUGGGAAACCAUUCUACAAGCUUGACAUCAGUUGGCCUAAAUCUCCAGAGAAGCUGACAGGUCAAACAUUUUGUGUUGCUGUUGACCACAUCAAUGGAUUAGUUUACGUGGGUCAGCGAGGUGAUGACAAUGUGCCCAAAGUGGUUGUGUUUUCGGAGGCUGGAUAUUUCUUAAACGCAUGGAACACUACAGUUGAAAUGCCCCAUGGUAUCUUUGCACUGAACACACCCAAUGCAAGUUCUGUGUGGAUAACUGAUGUUGGAACUGGCAAAGAUGGGCACACCAUUAAGCAGUACAGUCCUUCAGGUCAGCUCCUUCAGGUCAUAGGCACUCCAGGCGAAGCGGGUUCUGGUAUAAAUCCCCUCCAACUUGACCAGCCAGCAGAAUUGUUUGUGGAACCAACAGGAGACAUCUAUAUUGUGGAUGGUGAUGGAGGGCUAAACAACCGCCUGUUCAAAGUGACGCAAGACUUGAAGACUGUAUGGCUUCAUGGGGAAAAUGGUACUGCCAUCACGCAGUUCAGGAUUCCGCACAGUGUAACAGUGGAUUCUGUUGGACGGGUGUGGGUUGCUGACCGAGCCAACUGGCGAAUCCAGGUUUUUGACAAAAUCACCGGAGAAUGGUUGGGCUCAUGGAGUAGCUGCUUCACAGAAGAUGCCCCUUAUUCUGUCCGAUUUACCCCUGAUGAGAAGUUUAUCAUUGUAGCCCAUCUGAAUACUGAUAGGAUAUCAAUUUUGGCUGCCCCACCAGUUGGAUCAGUUGGGGAUUGCAUAGUGGUGGACACAAUUCAACUUGCACAUGAAGUCAAGCCUCAUCUUCUGGAUGUCAGCAAGGAAACAGGAGCAGUUUAUGUAGCAGAAAUUGGAGCCCAGCAGGUGCAGAAAUAUGUGCCUUUGCAGCUUCACAGGAAACUUCUGGCUCCUCUCUCUUCCUUUGGAUGGUCCUCAGUUCUGUAACACUGGAACUCUUGAAUUAGGUUUGGUAACCUGAGGUAUGCGCUUGUUUUGUAUUCUGUGCCUCUCUCAGGGACCUAACUGUUCGCCGUUUUAAGGUGUUCUCUGGAUGUUAUAGACUGUGGUUUAAUGGAUCUCUCAGCGAUGUUUAUUUUGACAUGCCUAAACAGAUGACUUGCCCAGAGUGCUUGUUUAAAACAGCUCCAAAGGUCAAUCCAUCAGAAGUGGUCUUUUUACUUUUUAUCUAUAGCUGCUUUACAUCCAGCCAAGUAAAUUUACUGAUUCACUUUUUUGAACGGCCACUGACAGACUGGUCUGGUUCAUAUGUAAAAGGUGGCACGAUCGAUUCUGUUCUAUUGCCAGAGUUCUGAUUAAUCUCUGGGAACAUCGUCUCCUGCCUGCAAAUCUUAAAUACCCUGAGAUACUUUGAACCUGCUUCUGGGGGCGGUGGUGGCAAGGCCAUGAGUUUGCUUCUAAUAGAGUCCUAUUUCUCUGAGCUUUAGUGAGUCUUAAGGGACUACAAAGCCCAGGUGUCUGUACUUGCUAAAUACAAGAAGUACAGGAGGGAACUUUUUAGACCAGACUUGCGGGAAAGGAUUUAAGGUACAUUAAAUUAGCUUCAGAGAGAAACAGGCCUUUUCAUUAGUAAUCCCAGCAUUCUGGAGUUUAUUCCAGAGGUAAGUGCUGCUUCUCACUUCCGUCAUUUUGAAUGCAGAUUGAAAUUUCUUUUUCACUCAGUGAUCUGAAGUUUUCUGUUGUACAGUAUUUAUCUUUCAUUGUAUUGUGCUCAUCUUUUACGGGAGUUCUUGUACACUGUUAUGGAAUUUACAGGCUGCUCUGGCUCCAGGCACUUUGGAGAAUCACAAAAAGAAAUUUGGGUUUAUGCUUACAGAUCCCUAGUCAAAGGCUGUAACUACAGCUACUAGGAUUUUGCAGUAGGAACGUUUGCAUUUCCACCCUUGUACACAUACAUUUUAUGAAAAAUACUAUUUCCCCCCUCCUGACACUUCGCUGGAUGUUUUAUUAUUUGUAAUACAAAUUUAGUGCUGCAAAACUACUAAGGAAAACCCUGCCUCAGAAGCUGGAACAACCUCUACAGGCGUCUGUGUCACAAUAAAUUUGUCAAGCUUUUGUGUCAGUAUA